AUGAAGUCUAGUCUCCCGAUGACCAUCCAGUUCCGGCAGGAUUCCAUCCUCAACGAGGGGAGGCUCAAAGAGGUCCUGUCCAAGAUCUUUGGAUCAACCUACUGGACCUUGAGCGAAGGUCCUGACACCUUCUAUGUCGAAGCGGCCCACGCACCGAGUGUUUGUGUCGUGCCAGCGCUCGAAGUAGCUGGCGCAAUCAAGAUGAGGAGCGUGGAUGAGCCGUCGGCCAUCAGGGACGAGGACAGUACAGAGUCGAAGCAGACUAAGACGGACGUGGAGGAGAAGCCUGCGACAAAGGCAAAGAAGAAGAAGAGGGCUGAAGUCAAGUCGAGGCAGGAGAAGUCUGUCAGAAAGUCGUACGACGUGGCUGAUGAAGAGGGCAUGGAAGAGCCUGUAAGAGCGAUUUGUAACGUUACUAAGCCACGGCCACGAGAUGAAAGUGAUGGAACGGGAAUGGCGAUGGCUCCUAACUAG